GGUCAGGAUUUGUGCCUAUUUGAUGAUUGGUACAGACCGACAGACCAGCACGCCACGAACACGCUACGUCAUCCCUUUGCCACAUCCGUUGGUUCUGCUGUAGUAUGAUCAAUUGUGAGGGCGGUGCGACUAUCAACUUUUGCUGUUGGGAAUCACACCUUCGCCAAAAUCUGAGCAACUGGCAACAAGUUUCGGUCUGAUAGACGUGUAGCCAAUGGCCUGCGCGGGUGAACGAUCAAACGCUUCAUACGAAAUUGAGGGCGUUUGCCACGCGGAACUUGGGAGGUCUCGCACCUGCACACUCACCGCUCACCGUCAACUCGAAGCUAGGAGGAAGAACGGCGGCUGUCAUCCCAUCAUGCCUUGGAGCAGUGCGCGUCUGCGCGAUCCAUUCCUACUUUGGCCGGCACAUGGCAGUCGAGCAGUCGUGAGUGUAUGGACAGAAGCAAGACGUGGCUGUGCGAAUCGGAUGCGACAGAUUCGCUGGGUCCAGUGCGUGUCCAAACGAGUGCUGGCCGGCCCAAUCGAUAUACGCUCAACUCUCAUUCGAGUCCUACGGACAGGUUUGAGUGGACUAUGCCUACCGCUGGCGAUAACCAGCUCUCUCGGCCUCGGCGUAGUCUGUCGAACGACAAGCACACACAAACGAAUCGAGAAAGGGGGAGUCUUCAAGAUAGCAGCCAACGUCUAGCCCGAUCCGUUCCCGAGUCGUGAGACACUAACGAUUCCUGCUCAACAUGCUGACUCUCUGUACACGCUCGGCCGCCGCCACCAGUCGAUGGGUGAAAUCGACGUGCGUCUAUGCAACAGUCGGUAGUCAUCAUUUUCGAAAUUUCGUGACUACCCGACCUUGCCCUUCUCCCCUCGCCACCAGAUGUGAGGCCUU